AUGCCCCAACCCAUCACGCGCGAAACAUUCAUCGACCUCGCUCGCGCGGAAGCGACGGCGCUCACCCAGGAAUCUAUGUACGACGAGGAUGUCGAACAAGUGCCUAUCCCGGAGAGUUUUAGGAAGUUUGGAGUUCCGCGGGGGUAUAGUGUUGACUUUGCUCUGGAUCCGGCGUUGUUGGUAGCGUUUCUUGCGAAACGGGGAAUCGUGAACGAAGACCAAAUACCACACGACCUUUUACGAGACCUCAAAGACACCAACAACGCAACUGAAAACCUCAAAAUUGUACCAACGUGCGUAUAUGACGACAAAAGAGCCAGGGUGGACGCCGCGCUCGAGAGAGCGCCUGAUAAUUCAUUCGGUUCCCCGAGAAUUGACAAAGGGGUCGGAGAGUUCGGCUACAUCUCAAAAUUCACAGCGAAGCCGGCUCUGUCUAGGGAGGUCGCGCGCCGUGACGAGAAAGAGGGUGCUGAUACGGGAGAAAAGGAGGAGGGUGAUACACAGAGGAAAGCUAUGAUGCUCAGGAGGCGUCAUUACUAUGAGAACCAUUCAUUCAAAAAUUCGAGUUAGAAGAGCCACCUGGGUCUAGAAUCGAACAAGGGGAAUUUUAGC